AUGGCCCAGAUGCUCGGCUGGGGUGCGAGGCGCAUGUCUAGCAGCAGUGAGCUGAAGGAUGUGGACAUGUACGUGUACGUGGAGCCGGCCGGGCUGCUGGGCCGCUUCCUUGGUCGCCCGCUCCGGCUCAAGGUGCAGCAGUUUUCGUUCCUGGUGAACCGGCGCGAGCACGCGCUGCAGCGCGUGGAGGUGAACGCAGACUCGCUGUUGCCUCAGUGCGAGGUAUACAUGCCGUCUCGGUUCGAGCGAGUUCCGUUGAACUUUUCCGAAGUGGAGCGGGUGAUGCAGCGGACGCGGAGCUAUGUGCUCAACGUUUCCCGGUAUCCUCUCAUCACCUACGACGUCGAGGCCAACACGAGCGACGCUGUUAAGGGUACACUGAACCUGCACGGGGCGAGGCACACGGUGGAGUGCAGCAAGGCAGUCGAGGGGGCUGAGCUAGUGGUGCGCUGCCCGGUGCGCUUGAGUCAGUUCCAUGUGCCGCCGUUCAGGAUGUGGCUGGGGCUGUUCACGCAGGCGGACACGAUCGAGGUCGAGACACGCAUUCCCGCCAAGGCGCUGAAGCUGUGA